AUUAGUGCCAUCUAGUCUUGAAGUAAUGAACUCUAUAGCAAUGGAGUAUAUAGUUAACUUACCAACAGAGCUAAGUCGGUACAUUAUCGACACAAUUAAAUAGAUAAUUCUCGUAAGGUAACUGAUCUAUUGUAAUUGAUAUGAAGCUUCAGCUAUGCCGACACAAAUUAUUUGCAUACAUCUGGCUCUGUGCGCAUGCGUGUAAAAUCUAUAAUUUGGUAACUACAAGCACUUAAUAUACAUACAAGGUGUCUAAAGUAUAGUUACAUGAUAAAGAUUAAUAAAACGUUAAGAAUUGCUGGUUUUAAGUUUGAUUAUUUAGGAUAUUUAUACUAAAAUAUUCAUUACUGAACUGUAAAAUAAUAAUUAUUCAAAUUAGUAUCUGAAACUUAACCUUCAUAGUCAUUAAAUAAUAUCAAAUAUUUGCCCUCGAAGGACGAUUGUUAAAUUUAUCCGAGUUACAAAACAUCUUAUGAUGAAGAGUGAACAACUGUUCAUAAAUGCUGAAUAUUUUGAAAAUUAGAAACUUCAAAAAGUAUAUUUGUUGUACUACUGUAUAUUCGUAUAAUUUAGAACAAAAUUUCUUGUGAGAGAUAAGACUGGUUUUUCUACUUAGUACACAAUGAGUUCAGGAUUUAUAUCUGAAGCUGAGAUUGCAGAACAACGAAGGAUACGACAAGAAGAAUGGGAACGUGUACGAACUGCAGAUCAACCAUUAGAAGCACCAGAGGAACAAUACGAUCCAAGAUCUUUAUACGAACGAUUACAAGAACAGAAAAACAAGCGAGAUUCAGAAUAUGAAGAAGCACACAAACUAAAAAAUAUGAUAAAGGGCUUAGAUGAUGAUGAAGUAGAAUUUUUGGAUUUAGUGGAUAGAACUAAAUUAGAAGAAGAACGUAAAAAAAAUCUUGAAGAAGAAAAAGAGAUGCGUGAUUUUAAAGCAGCUGUUGCUUCCUUACAGGAAAAAUCAUUAAAUGAAAAACUGAAACAAGAAUUAAAAAAUCCUCAAAUUGUCAAUAAGAAUGUUUCGUCUGGGAGUAGCCGUACUUCGCAAUUAAAAUUAUUAGCUGGAGUUGUAGUGAAACGUUCGGAAAAACAAAAACAAGGAGAUAUCACACGAGGUGUUAAGCGAAAAUUAUCACCAGUCGAAGAAAAUAAUACACCGAAAAAAGAAAAGUGUGAAGUAAAUGAACAGCCAGUGAGUGAGAGUUUAAAAUGCGAUUCCGAUAUGUUUGAAGAUGUUUCCUUACAAAAUAAAAAUGUAGUAAGUUUAGGCAGUGGCAUGAAAUGUAUUGGAAUUUUACCUGGACUUGGCUCUUACGAAGAUUCUAGUGACAGUGAUUGUAGUUCGGAUACCGAUCAAGAUCCCGAACCAAAUCAUUCAAAAUACGAUCUUUUAGGUCGAAAAAUAGAAGUUUCAAAAGAUAAAGAAACGAGCUGAAUUUACAGUGCUUAUAAAUACCUUUCUAUUCAUAAGUAAAAAUUGUUAUUUUUACUACAAUUACAAUUCACUGUAAUUGUAGAAUAUAAAUAUAUUUUUUGCACUGAG